CCUAAAAUGUGAAAAAAAUUACCAAUUACACUGUUCAUCAAGCGGCGAGUAACCCAAAAACCCGCGACAUUUUCCCUCCAAAAAGUUUCUGACUCUUUAAUCUUUUCUAUUCUCUGUCGGUGUCCUAAUCUGGAGUAGGCGUUUUCAGGAUGAGUCCAAACCAUUCUACCGGCAAGGAUGAUCACGGAAUCCACGCAGAUUUUGAUUACGUCGACACUCAACCAUUCGAUGCUGAUGGCGUGGAGGACGAUGAUUGCGGUGACAACGAGUGGCAGUACUUCGAAGAUACUGUGCCUUUCGACGACGACGGCGUUUUGGAUACCGAGGCGGUGGUACUUGCCGGGGAAACUCAGGUAUUUGAGGACGAUGACGACAUUUUGGUAAACGAAGCGAUGAACCUUGCCACUGAAACUCAGGCGUUGGGUGAUGGUGAGACGCAAUUGCUGGAGGAAGAGUGUGAAUCGGAUAAAACGCAAGUUUUGGAGAAUGUGGAUGAUGAUGAGCAUUCUGUUGACAGUGACAAUGGUGAAGUGGAUAGCAGAAAGGGUAAAUCGUGGCAGCGAAACAGUUCUGGUUCAAUGCCACCUCGGUUUACUUUUCUUCGUGCAGAAUCUUUGCGGCAAGCUGCUCUUGCCAUUCACAAGGUAGAUUCGAAAGAAAAUCAGGAUGUGACCAAUUCUGUCAAGGCUAGUCAGAAAUAUCAGGAAUCACUGGUUGUAAAGGAUAAAGGGGACUCCUUUCUUAGUUGUUCAAAGAAAGUUGGGGGAGUUGAUCAGGAAAAUGAUAGUGGGAAAUAUAGUGUGGAAGUUGGGGGAUUUAAGAGUCAGGCUGCUAAGUCGACAGUGAGAAAACUUUUCAAUGAUGAUGUACCUAUUGAAGCAAAUGGAACUUCUCUUAAUGAAGGAAACGACUUAGACAAGCUGCCUAUUUACCAUGGUGAUUUGGAAGGGUUAAGCUACGUUAACUCUCAAGAACCUGGAGUAUUGUCACAGGUCAAUGCUCUUGACUUUGUAGAUAGGUUUCUCAAAGAUAAUAUCACAGAGUUUGAUCAAGAAACUAACUGUUUUAAGAGUAUGGAGCAAAAAUCAAAAUCCGUUCCCAGUACAAAAAGGCAACAUAGUUUGGCCAGGACUGUAAAUGAUAGAGGCAAAGCUGGAAGAACUGGGAUUUAUGAAUGGGAUGAUAGCCGUGAGGAUGAGGGUGGGGGAGAUAUAUAUCUAAGGAGAAAGAACGAUUUUUUUAAGGGCGAAACACAUAGGCCAAGGUCGUUGCCAGGAUUCCAGAAGAAGAGAGUAUGCAGACUAAAUAUAAAUGAUGAUAAGAAAGACGAGAGUAUUCCUAAUAAAAGAAAGACUGCAGUUCAUUCUGAUUCAAAACUUGGGAUGAAUAUUCUGAAAGCAAGGGACAAUGUUAUACCAGAAGCAACAAAAAAGUUAAACCGGAAUCUGGCUAAAGAAUUGGAUAAACAAUUUAACACUGAUUGCUCUAGAGGAGAUAUGGAGCCUGAUGCAAAUGCAGGAGAACAAGAGAUGUUGGAUGUAGGACCAGAUACUCAAAUGGCUGCUGAGGUUAUGGAAACAUUGUGCAAUGCAAAGGAUAUUGUUGAUAAUGAUACUGCUCAUGUUACUAGUAGUGGUUUAACUUGUAAACUCAAUAACUCUUCUAUCGGAAAAGUGGGGCUGGUUUCGUCAAAGGAACAUUUGGGAGAAUAUGACAGGAAAAGGAAAGUUGGUGUUAAAUCAAUGUUGCAAGCUUCAGGUAUAUCAAAGAGAAACACUAAAGAAGUCAGGCAACACACAGAGGACAGUGUGAUGACUAGAUCAAAGAGGAGUAAGUUAAAUGCACAAGGCAACCAAACCUCCAGUGGUAAUGAAAAUGGUAGAGUAUCCUUGUCUCCGAAAAAUGUACGAAGAAAGUCAGCUCGAUCUUUGAAAAGAGGCCAACUUGAUGAGUUGAAUAAUCCUGAUGGCAAUAAUGAAGAAAGUAAAGGGAGUUCUGUCAUUAAAAGGCAAUUGCAGGAUGGUGUGUGGCAUAUUUCACCAAUUGCCUACAGAACUAGACGACGGUUAUCAGUAAAUGUAUCAAUAAACCUUGAUAUAUCACCCAAGAGUUUGAGAGAUGGGAAUAUAGGUAUUGAUUCCCAUGAGAAAAGUAGUGGAAUUGGCCUACCGGCAUCCAAAGCAUUGGAUUCUAAAUCUAUUACAGGAUCUUCUGGUCACUUUGAAGUAGGUGAUAAUUCCAAAUUGAGUCAAUUUGGGAAUUCAGCUCUGAAGGUAAGUGUUGUUAGUGUCAGUGAUGGUGUUGAAUUAGAUAUUGUAGAUUGUCCUAAAAGAAGGAGAUCACUCAGAAUUAGGAAGUUGUCUAUGCAUGAUAAAGGAUCCGAGAUAUUAGAUUGUUCUUCCAAACCAUCUGCAAAACCUAUAGAUACUGGGAAAUCUACUUCUGGUAAGAGAAAAAUGAGAACAGAUUCUGAUGUCAAAUCACAUGUAAAUAGCAAGGACCAGUCAUCUUCGAAUGAUGGUUCAGUAAUAUCUUCUGUUGAUCGAAAACAAGGGAAAAUAUCAGAGCUAAAUUUAGAUAAAACAGACCCAAGGGAUAAUGUUAGUAAUUCUGAAGCCACCAGUUCAGAUGAAUCGCCAAGAGAUAGGAGCAAGUUAUCUGACUUGGCAUUUUCAACUCCGUCAAAGUAUAAGAGGCCUGUGAAUGGUGCAUCGCCUGUUUGUAUGGGUGACGAAUAUUACAAACAAUCAUGCAAUAAAAGUCUUAUCAGGGAACUUCAGAGCUUGAGUGCCAUCAGACCUGAAUUACUUACUCCGUCUAAAGAUUCAAGGAAGAGGAGGGACAUGACUGAUGUUCGAGUUCUUUACAGCCGCCACUUGGACGAAGAUAUUAUUAAGCAUCAGAAGAAGAUUUUAGCACGGCUUGGAGUUUCUGUAGUAUCCUCCAUUGCAGAUGCUACCCACUUCAUAGCUGAUGAAUUUGUGCGAACUAGAAACAUGUUGGAAGCUAUUGCUUUUGGUAAACUGGUGGUAACACACUUGUGGAUCGAGAGCUGCGGACAAGCUAACUGUUUUAUUGAUGAGAGAAAUCACAUACUGAGGGAUGCGAAAAAGGAAAAGGAGUUAGGUUUCAGCUUGCCAGUUUCACUAGCACGAGCAGUUCAGCAUCCUCUUUUAAGGGGUCGAAGAGUAUUGAUCACCCCAAAUACUAAACCUAGUAAAGAGAUUAUCUCAAAUUUAGCAAGAGCAGUUCAAGGACAGGUUGUGGAGAAAGUAGGAAAGUCGGUUUUGAAGGGCCACACAGUUCCAGAUGAUUUACUGAUCUUAUCCUGUGAAGAAGAUUAUGCCUUUUCGGUGCCUUUUCUUGAGAAGGGGGCAAUGGUGUACAGUUCAGAACUGUUGCUGAAUGGUAUAGUUACACAGAAGCUAGAGUAUCAAAGGCAUCGACUUUUUGCAGACAAUGUGAAGAAAACUCGUUCCACCGUAUGGUUGAAAAGAGACAACAGAACAUUUACACCUGUGACUAAAUGUGAUUAGAGUGGUUCCACUUCUAUUUUUCCUCUUAAAUAAUUUGUAGUUUAGGUCAUAUGUAGAUAUUUUCCAACACAUGUCCUACCCCCUCCCCGUUUAAUAUAUUUAUUGUGUAGAAAUCUAAGAAAGGUAUUUUUCUCGUCGUUUUA